CGAAUGAAAUUUGUUGAGGAAGGUUGUGUAUGAACGCAUUGAAUAAUUUGUUGCCAAAAUUUCUGUUUAAAAAAAUUUAAGAUUAUCAAUUAAAACUAUUUCAAAAGAUAGUCGAAGGCAUUUGAACAUUAUUGCAUUUUAAAAAUAUAUAACUUGUAUUAAUACAUAGUCUAUUUUUAAGAAAAAUAAGAUAUUAGCGAAUUUAAUUUUAUUAAAAAUAUUACGUGAAAAAUCGAUAAAAAUAGAAUACCGUGUUAACAAAUUGUGCGGCAUAGGGCAAAAAUUUAAAUUCAAAAAGAUAUUGAGCUACUAAAUUUUUGCAAGAAAAUUAAGAAAAAAAAUACUGUAGUACUAAAUUAAAAAAGAAAAAAAAAUAAAAAUCAAAUAUAUAUGAGAGGGCCAAAAUCCACAUAAAAAUUAUUUUAUUACACAUAAAUAAUACUUAUUAAUAGCGGCGAAGGACGUAUUAACGAAAGGAAAAAGCUAUACGAUCGCCAAUUCAAAAAAUCAAAAUAAAUAAAAUAAACAUUAAAAAUCCAGUUGAAGAACAACAAUUAAUAUUUUGAUUUGUUUAGCAGCUGUGCAAAAACGCAAUUCCUCACAAUUGCGCCAAAAAGUAAUAAAAAAAUAAAUAAGACCAAGUUCAAGUAAUAAGUCAAAAUAAACAUUUAAAUAUUUAAGUGCCAAAUUUAUAUAUAUAUAUAUCUAUAUAUAUAUAGAAAGAAAAAAAUAAACAAACCCAGUCAACAAGUAUAUAAACGCAUUUUAUUUUGGAUAUUUGGGUCUAUUAAUAUAGCAUGGGCACAGAAACCAAAUUCAAUUGCUAUUCAGAGAAUUCUUCAACGGACGGCUGUAUUCCUAAAGUAGUGAAAAGUUCUUCUGAUCUAGCUCAAAAACUCAGCUCAAAUGGAAUUGACAAUGGAAAAACUACACAAGUUAAUGGUUCCACAAAAUUAGUAGUACCAUUCGUACCAAUAUUUAUAGAAGAAAAUAAUGUCAUUGAUGGCGCAAAAGAACUCUUAACAGCUAUACGCCCACAAUGGAACCUUAAUGAUGUGGAUUUUAAGAAAUUUACGGAUGGUAUAACAAACAAACUUGUUGGCUGCUUUUAUAAUCCACCAAAAAAUGGAACUUCUACCAAUGGUAAAUGUACAAUCAACAGCUCACAUCAUAGUACUUCCACUACAAAUGAAUACGAACACAUACACAAUGACGGCAAUGACUCUGGCAAUCUUAGCGAAUCCGACAUUGAAUCUGAGACAAGAAAUACAGACUCAAAGUCCUCCAAUAACGUAGUACUCGUACGAGUUUAUGGAAACAAAACUGAUCUACUUAUUGAUCGUAAAGCUGAGACACAGAAUAUAAUACUAUUGCAUUCGUAUGGUAUGGCACCAUCUCUAUAUGCAACAUUUAAAAAUGGCUUAGCCUAUGAUUAUGUACCUGGAGUCACAUUGGAUACAAGCAGUGUAUUGCGACCAGAAAUUUGGAAAUUGGUUGCUCAUCAUUUGGCCGCAAUGCAUCGUGUCGUAAAACCACAAUCAGAUAAUUGUGAUAAAAAUAAUCAUAUGCCAAUGCUUUGGAAGAAAACACAAAGUUUCUUCGAUUUAGUACCUGAAAAGUUUACUGAUGCUGAUAAACACAAAAGACUUGAGGGAACGUUUUUGCCAAUAUCACGUUUACGUGCUGAAUUUGCGGAACUUUACAAGCAUCUGGAAUCACUUGGCAGCCCAUUAGUGUUUGCGCACAACGAUCUAUUAUUGGGAAACGUUGUCUAUACGGAAUCUCGAAAUACUGUGAAUUUCAUCGACUAUGAGUAUGCUGAUUAUAACUUCCAAGCUUUCGAUAUUGGCAAUCACUUUGCUGAAUUUGCUGGCGUUGAUGAAGUCGAUUAUAGCAGAUAUCCUAAACGUGAAUUCCAGCUUGAAUGGUUACGUGUGUAUCUACAGGCCUAUCUAAAAAAAAAACACGUUACAGAUGAUGAAGUACAUCGACUUUACGUACAGGUAAAUCAAUUCUCUUUAGCAGCGCAUUUCUUUUGGACCAUUUGGUGUUUAAUACAAGCAGAACAUUCCAAACUUGAUUUCGAUUAUGUUGGAUAUGCAUAUGUGCGAUACAACGAAUAUUUGGCACGAAAGGAUAAAUUCCUUGCAUUGAAUAUAAACAGUACCAGUUGAAGUCUCGACGAGUCUUAAGUAUCUUUGCAAUGCAUUGCCUUAUGUUCUAUGAACGACGAAAGUUAAUCACCAUCCCAAUAUUUAUCAUUUACCAUCAGUUAUUACACAGAACUAUAUGCCCGAGGGUAUUCAUUCCGAACGCAUUAUACAUUUAUUUUUUUUAAUUGAAUGAUAAAUUGAUAAAUAAUAAUAUAAAAAAAAAA